UAGACAAAAGUGAAACUGAAAGUGGCUGCUUCUGAAUCAAUGACAUGGCUUCCAACGCUGAGGCGCCACCCGUAGACCACCACAGUGAUGACAGCAGUGAUGGGUCAGGGCAGUCCAGUUCAUCCUUUGAUGAUUCAGAUGACCAGUCAGACAGCGACACCAACUCUCAGCAUGGAGCAUCAGGAGGUCCCAGAUCCCAAAGUGUACUUCCAUGUGUGUUCUUUCAGUCAGAGCCCUGCAAGUACUACAAUGCCGGUGACUGUCGCAAUGGCAAGAAGUGCCGUUACCUGCACGUCUGCAAGGACUCCUUGAAGGGCACCUGUCGCUAUGGACACAGCUGUCGCCUGAGGCACAUUGUCGACUCGGAUUCAGAUGAUGGUGGCCAAAGGCAACACCAGGGGCACGGAGGGGGAGGAGGACGGAACGCUUCAGGUGGGGGAAGGAGGAAGAGGAGCGGUAGCGGAAGCAGGAGCAGAAGCGAGGGUGAAGAAAGGCGUUCACGUUCACGGAGGCCACGAUCCAGUGACAGUGAGAGUGACGAUGAUGUAGUGCAGGGGCCGUACCAGUGGCAGCUAAAAAAGGGCAGCCAUGGGUGGAAGAACAUUGACAAUGACCAUAUCCUUGAGGCCCAGUACUCACGCUCCUGCACUAAAGGCAUCAAGAUAUACAAUACUCCUCAUGGGGCGAUCUCCAUAGACUUUAAGCACAUGCGGGUCCUGAAGAAGACUAACCUGAAGGUGCGGCGCCGGGACACCCAGCAGACCCAGUGGCUUUGGUACCACAGAGGUCACAAACGCUGGACACAGUUUGGAGAAAAGGACUCAAAGGGAAAUGUCGGUUUGAAAAGCUCUGACGUGGAAGCAAAGUACCAGAAUAAUAAGAAAGGAUCGUUUCAGUUCAAUGUCGGAUCAGGAAACUUUGAAAUAAACUUCAAAGAUAUGACACAGGAAAACCUUUCUUCUGGGACAAAGAGAAAAAUUAAGCGACGUCCCUUGUACAACAGUUCUCAAGGACACAGACAGAUUACCUCUGGAAUGCGGAACAUGAACCUUUCCUCACCACGCCAAGUACAACCUCGCCAAGGACCUCGUCAGUGGCAGUUCAGUGGCCGAGGUGGCCAGUGGUAUGAUUUCAAACACAGGAGUGGGACUGACACUGAAUGCUCUGUGAGCAGCAAAGAGAUUGAGGACCAGUACCAGCAGGACCCUCAGGGCACCAUGACCUUCACAGUUAGUGGACAAACUUAUGAAAUUGAUUUCUCUGCCAUGACGCAGACCAACUUGAACACAACUAUUUCCCGCAGGAUCCGCCGUGUUUAGAAACAAAGUAACUGAUUGAUUCACUACUGAUGGUUUUGUAAUUUACAAUUACUGCAUAGUCUGAGGGGAAAUUUAAAACAUGACUCAUAGUGAUGUGAACCUGAAAGCAUUUAAUGGCACAGUAAUGAAUAGGUAGAUUUGAAUAGAUAGUCAAUGAUUGAUAGCUUUAUCUGCCACUGGAAUUUAAGCCAUAACCCAAAGAAAUCAUGGAGCCAAUGUUUACAAUAGGAUUUACAUUCCUGAAAGCUUGUGUUCUGUCUACUUCUUGAAGGUGCAACAAGCCCAUUAUACUUGAAAAUGUAACCCAUAGCCUAUAUUUUUAAGCCCACAGCUAUUGUUGUCAAAUGUGCAUCUUAUAUCUCGUGUCUACCAUGAGAUAUAUGUGUAUGCUCUUGCUCAUUGUAUGUGGAUUUGCACACAGUACUCUGAAAGCAUUGAGUGUGGACACUUACAGCUGUGGUUUACCAAAUUGCAUCACAACUAAAUCAGAGCUUAUUGCGUUUGCACCAGUGCCUUCUGUGUAUACAUUAUCAAUGAGCAAUGAGCCUGAUCUGCAGCAUAAUUCUGCACUCCAUGCCUGAAGGGGGCAGAGAUAUUUGUAUAAGUUCAGGAUAUAUUUUCCCGACAAUCAUAUGUGCACACAGAGAAUGAAGCACUGGUAUGCCUAAGCCUAAGUUUUUUUCAUUAUGUUCCUCAGUCUUACUUUCUACGUAAUGGACAAUGUGAUCUCCUCUAGGAUACAACAUUAUAUCUCCAGAUACAAAGCUCCUUUUAUACAGAUUUUAAAAAUUCUAAAAUCAGGAAGAUGAUAUCGUGACAUUAUGAUACCAUUUGCGCAAUUAUCCCUUAAAAAAUCACUGCCAUAGCGACAACCUUUAUUCCAUUUUUUCUAUGUGGAGGCAAACCUAUUAACAGUAAUUAUUAUUAUCAAAUAGUCAAGACAUCUUUUUGGAACUUAAAGGCGCACUGUGUAAUAUUUCAGUAGUUGUUAGUAUUUACAGAAUCAUGCUGCCCAUUCAAAGUAUUCAUUAGGACUGGGAAAAGUGCCCUUUUUAUACAUGAAAAGGGGGAUCUUCUCCAUGGUCCGCCAUUUUGAAUUUUCAGAAAUAGACCUUUUUAGCUGCUAAACAUACUGUACUUCGGUCAUACUAGUAAAUAUUAGUUCAUCACUCAGCACAUAUUCAUGAAAAAAAAAUCUAAUUUGGCAAUAGACAGCAGUUUCAAUGGGCAGCAUAGUUGCAAUACCUACUCUGGCCACCAUUUUACACAAUGCACCUUUAAUGUUUUGAUGUGUUGAUGGGUGUUACCUUCCCCAACUAUCCUCAACUUUGUGUUAUAUCUAUCUAAAUACGUAGGUCUAUAUUGUCAAGGACUGUCAUACAUGAUGCAUGACUCUUUAUCUGAUUCUAGCAAUACUAUACCGUCUGUCCAGGGGAAGUCUGAGUAUAUAUAAAUAUAUAUAUAGAUUUUGCCAUUAUGUUAAUUUAAAUCAGAUUGAGGAACUUAUGUUUUGUUUUUGUUUGUUUGUGUGUUGAUUUUUUUAUCAUGAUGAGUUUGGAUAGAGUGUAGCCAUAACAAAAGACCAUAUUGCCAUGUUUUGAACAAAAUAAGGUGCAUAUCCUCUUUAAACUGCCUUAAAUAGAGCAUGUACAUGCUAUUGCAUAAUUGACAUUGUUCUCACAUCUUGUUCUUACAUC